UUUUUUUAUCUGUCAUCGCGCGGUCUCUAAGUUCAGAGUCACUUCUAGAUACGACGUGCAAAUUACCUAAACAUGACAAUACUGAUAAAAAAAAAUCUGAAAUAAGUGACCACGAAGUGAACCUGAGAGAUUAACAAUUACUUAAUCUAGUUAGAUAUUAAUACUUGGUAUAUGUGGGAAUAAUUGUCUGUAAUUAGAUACUGUUAUACUGUUAGAAAUACUGCAGCAUAGAGGUUAUAAAAAUGAGUAGCCGGGCAUUCAGUUCCUCUGCUAGAAACGAAGUCGUAAUAAUUUCCGCAGUUCGAACACCCAUUGGCUCAUUCCAAAGCACACUUGCUCCCUUGUCGGCAACAAAGCUGGGUGCUGUUGCUGUGCAAGGUGCUAUCGAAAGAGCGGCUAUUUCAAAAGAGGAAAUUAAAGAAAUUUAUAUGGGCAAUGUGUGCCAAGCCGGAGUUGGACAGGCACCAGCACGCCAAGCAGCACUAUUUGCAGGUUUACCAAAGUCCACAAUUUGCACGACGAUAAACAAAGUGUGUGCCUCUGGUAUGAAAUCGAUAAUUCUCGGAGCGCAAGCUCUUCACCUUGGAGAUCAAGAGGUGGUACUUGCUGGAGGAAUGGAGUCCAUGUCCAACACUCCUUAUUAUUUAAAAAGGGGCCAAACGCCUUACGGUGGAGUUAACUUACUAGACGGGUUGGUCUCCGAUGGGUUAACUGAUGUUUACGGUAAUUUCCAUAUGGGGGUGUGUGCUGAGAACACGGCAAAAAAAUUAGGCAUCAGCCGGCAACAACAAGAUGAAUUUGCGAUAAGCAGUUACAAACGCAGCGAAGAAGCUUACAAAAAUAAUGUGUUUGCCUCCGAGUUAGUGCCUGUUAAUGUCCCACAGAAAAGAGGACAGCCUGAUAUUGUUUUCUCGGCGGACGAAGAGUACAAGAGGGUCAAUUUUGAAAAAUUCGGAAAGUUAGCGACUGUUUUUCAAAAAGAAAACGGUACAGUCACUGCUGGCAACGCUUCCACUUUGAACGAUGGGGCUUCUGCUCUGGUUUUAACCACCUCUGAAGCCGCUAAGCGUUUGAACGCAAAACCUUUAGCCAGAGUGGUGGGAUAUCAAGAUGGAGCUUGCGAUCCCAUAGACUUUCCUAUAGCGCCUGCCGUUGCGAUUCCGAAAUUGCUGGAAAAAACUGGUGUAUCCAAAGACGAGGUAGCUCUUUGGGAAAUAAACGAAGCUUUCAGCGUGGUUGUUCUGGCGAAUCAGCAACUUUUAGGGCUGGACCCCUCAAAAGUCAAUGUGCAUGGAGGGGCGGUCAGUCUUGGACAUCCCAUCGGCAUGUCCGGUGCCAGAAUUGUAACUCACUUAGUACAUGCCUUGAAACCUGGACAAAAAGGAGUUGCAGCGAUCUGUAACGGUGGCGGUGGCGCUUCUUCCAUCAUGAUUGAAAAAUUGUAAGUGCUGGUUUUGACAGGUAUUUUUAAAGUGUGAGGGGCAAAUGGGCUAUUAUGGAUUUGGUUUAAGACUAAGAAGUUUUGUCACCAUUGUGCAAGUUGUUUUUAUACGCAUUGUAUUCUAUGUUUACAGUUGUUAUUUUUAUACACAGAUAAGAGAAUUAAAAACAAGAAUUGUGCAAUUA